CCACCGCUCAGCAAGCAAAGGGCUUCCAGUUUGUGUAAAAACUGUUUUGCUCCUCCACUUCCCUAAACACCGACAGCUGUCACUGCGUCGAGAGGAACGCGCCGCGUCGGCUCUUCACUUUCUCGUGCGCGACACCCCAGAGAGGACAUGGCCCAGAGGACGCGCGUCAGAAAUCAAGAGCGUCUGAGGGAAAAACAAGCAGUGGAGACGCGGGAGUCACGCGUCAGCGAGCUGACAUCUCUUUAAGGUCUUCGCAAAAGUUUCGCGGACGUCGCGGCGCGUCAAAUGUAACAGGCGACGCUUCCCGUCAGUGUGUUUUUGUUAGUUUGUUUGUCAGUUCGUGGUUUUGCGGAAAGCAGCAUGGGCGCAAAACAGAGCAGUCCCGCCGCAAACGGUCGGACGCGCGCGUACUCGGGCUCGGAUCUGCCAUCGGGCACGUCGUCGAGUAACGGCAGAACGGUGGCGGCGGGGUUGAGGUAUCACUCUCACGGGGCCGCAGGUGCGACAUCAUCGGGGUCGUCUGCGUCAUCGGCCGCGGCUGCUCAGUUCAUCGGCUCUAGGACUCGAUCUGUGGGGGGUGUCGGUACCGGCGGCCCGCAGUCAGGGAUUAACAUACCGAACUUUGGCGCGUUUAGUUCACAGGAGUCCGGUAACAGCACGCCGGAGGAUAGCGCGGGAGACAGAGAGCGUACAGCCGGGACUCCACGACUCUUGAUCGGAUCUUUACCUGCUCACCUGUCGCCUCAUCUCUUCGGAGGUUUUAAGUGCCCCGUCUGCUCAAAGUUCGUCUCCUCGGAUGAGAUGGAUCUUCAUCUCGUCAUGUGUUUGACCAAACCGAGGGUGACGUACAACGAGGAUGUGCUGGUGAAGGACACGGGUGAAUGUUCAAUAUGUCUGGAGGAGUUGAUCCAGGGAGACACCAUCGCUCGUCUGCCCUGUCUCUGUAUUUAUCACAAAGGCUGUAUUGAUGAAUGGUUUGAAGUGAAUAGAUCGUGUCCUGAACAUCCUUCAGAUUAAAAUCACCUCUGCACACAGCUUCAGGUUUGUAAGCGGUGAUGUUUCCUACUGGCAGACAGCAAAUGUGAAUCUCUUCCUCCUGGACGCACUGUGACGUCUUCAGUUUCUUCAGGCAGAGCGGGCGACCCGAUCACUCGACGACUCCUUCUCCUCUCGUAGCAUCGCCAUAAAAACCCAGAUGUGCCAAAACUCAAUGCAGCAAAUCUUCAGGGAAACUCUUGACUGUCGCUCUUCAGCUCUUCCCUUUUCACCGUACUACAAAAACAGACGGCACGCUUACUACUGCGCCACGCAACAAUUUACCAAUCAGGAGACGCCGAUAAACUUCUGGCCGUACUCGAUGGUUUAGUUUAUUACCUGAAGCUCCUGAUUGGUCGGACUCAGGGUCAGCUGACCUCAUCAAUGAAUAGACUAUCGGAGUUGAUUGUACUUCAUGAUUUUGUGAUUAAGGACUACUGUAUCGACCAGUGCCUUCAUUUUUUCAAAUCCUAAGAGCCAACGGUGGUGCGUUUUGGAUGAAAGACGAGUCUUCAUGAGCCAUCUUGUGGAUAUGACGGGGAUAAAGAUCCUCCGAUUCCUGACGGCCCGGAGCCAUACUGACAUUAGAAGUGCCCUGCGUCUGUUUCUGCUCCUCCUGUGAGUCAGAAGGACUCGGCCGUCGUCUGAUGGUGAACGUCUCCACUCGUGUAGCAAUAGUGUCGAUAGAGACACAUGAAGAUUCACUGUAGCUUCUCGAUGGCUUUCAGAUCAAUUCUCCUCCUCAUCAAUGUACAAGCAUCAAUCAUUUAUAUACUGAAUGAGAUAACAGAACACAGAUAAUUAUUCAAAAAUAACUCAAAAUGAUCUUUAUUAGUCUAAAAUAUGCCAUUAGCUGAUAGAAAGAAGUUAUAUUUGAAUAAUGAAAUGCAACAUACAGUCUGGAUUUAAACAUCAACUCUCUUUAUUUUUUUCUUAAAUCUCUUUUGUUUGUUCAUGCAUUUUAUUGUGAAUGAAAUGUUUUAUUUUGAUGAUUUAAUCACAUUACAGCUGCUUUUAUUCCUGACCGGUGAUGUCAUUCUCCAGUUCAGAAGCACUGCCAACUAAUCAUUACUAAUCACUGAUUAGAUUUUGUACAAUCUGUUAGUGAUUCUGGAGUCAUCUGUGGUCAGCUCUUCAUCAAGUGUUGGUAUUAAAUAUGACCAGCAGAUGUACUGCGUGUUAAAUAAUGACGUCCCCAAAGAUAAGUCUGAGUAUUUACAGUGAUAUCUCAAAUGUGCCAUGAUAGCUUUCAAAUGCUGCUGAUGGAUUUUGAGUUUGAUGAGAGACUGAAUUGAGCUCUUUAUAGUCAUGCCAAUGUUAUAGAUAAUACUGAAAGAUGGAGUUGUGUUCCUGAUAAUAACAUGCAGUCACCGCCACGGCCGGCCAUUAGCUUUAAUGUGAAAUCAUUGUAGAUUGUGUUUAAAUGGCCUUAAUUGAUCAUGUGCAUAUUUUCAGAUUCAUGAAAUAUGAAUUUACCUUUUAAAAACUUUGUGAGCAGAUCUGAGCCCAGAUGAAUCUGAUUGGAUGAUUUUAGUUUGUUUGUGUCGUCGUGUUAAAUGUCUACCUACACUCAUCAGGUUAAUGAUACUUGAUUUAGUUUCAUACUUACAGCAGUUUCACUUUCUUAAGAUGCAAUGAAAACACACAGGAUUGGCCAUCCAAUCCAUUACGCACACGUGUGACGUUAACUCGGAUGAACGUAACGGUUCUUUAAAAAAUGAUUUAUUGUAACAUUCCAUGUGAACAUUAUGUACAGAGAUAAUGACAUUAAAAAAACAACAUUUUUCAAGCACAGAUCUUUCAA